UCUCGGGGAGUGAAGUCACGUAUGCGACGAGUCACGUUUUCAGCAUGAGGACAGUUCAUGUGUAUCACGCAGCGACACUUACGUAAACAACAAUGGAGGGAGGAGAGAGAUGCGUGUUUUCUAGCUGGACAUACAGUCACUAUUUUGAGUUUGUGUCAGCUAAAGAUGGAAAUAUUAAUAGUUGACUUUGUGUCAACUACCGCGGAUAUUUGGACUGCUAACAACAGAAGUUAUAUGGGAGUAACGCUCCACUGGAUCAGUAGAUCCACAUUAGAGCGCAACAAGGCUGCAUCGGCAUGUAGGAGAAUUUGCGGUAGACACACGUAUGAUGUUAUUGGUGCAGAAAUUGAAAACAUUCACUCUUCAUAUGGACUACUCAACAAAGUAGUUGCAACAGUGACUGAUAAUGGAUCCAACUUUGUCAAGGCGUUUAAAGUAUAUCAGCCUGUCACAGAGUCCGAUGAUGGACAGAGGAGGGAGAGUCCACCGCACAGAUGAUGAUGAUGAUGAUGAUGUCACUUUUUUAGAUCUGUCAGAAAUCCUCUCAGCUGAGGAUGAAAGUGAUGGCCAGCUGUCUUUAUUUUAUUUUUUAUAAACAUGUAUUUUUCAGGAAAUAUUUUUAAGUUCAACUUAAAAUCUAAGGAGAUACAUUGUUGACGUUACUGUUAAAAACAGGUUGUCAUUUUUAUGUUGAGGCGGCGGGGGUGUUGUCGGCAGCUGCUGAUUAUAACUAAUAAAGUAACUUGUAAUCUAAUUUAGUUACUUUUAAAAUCAAGUAAUCUGUAAAGUAACUAAGUUACUUUUAAAAUCAAGUAACCAGUAAAGUAACUAAGUUACUUUUUCAAAGUAACUGUGGCAACACUGUAUAUAUAUAUAUAUAUAUAUACACAGGGUCAGGAAGUAACAGAAUACAUGUAACAGGAUUAUGUGUUUAAAAUACAAAAUAUAAGUAACUGUAUUCCACUACAGUUACAAUUUAAAUAAUUGGUAAUUAGAAUACAGUUACAUUCAAAAAGUAUUUUGAUUACUGAAGAGCAUUUUAUUGUCAUUUGUUUCAUUAAAUAUAUUCCUUUCAGAUGGAAAAAUGUAUACAUAUAAAUGAUGCAAUCCAAAGUGCAUAUGAACAGCGGUGAAACACUUUCUUAUGAUGUGUUUGGAGCAGAAGAAAAAUAAAUAAAACUAUUGUAAAUUGUCAGCUUUACGCUUAGCUAAAAUGCUAUUUCUAGCCAUUUUACAUGCACGUUACCAGGCACGAUCAUAUAUUUUCACGUUAGAUCAUAUUUUCUUUUUAUCUAGUAAGACUGUAAGACUUUUGAAGGUUCAGGCACAGAAAGGAGGGGGUCAGAAAGCAAGGUACCAGAAAAGAGAAGAUGGGAGGUGCAGAGUCAAAACCACUAUCACCACCAUCACGACCAUCACCACCAUCACCACCACCAUCACCACCAAAACCACCACCAGAAUAUGCUGCACCAUGGAGGACCACGCCCUGGGAAGAUAGAGAACAUCUGAAGAAAACCCUGAUGGAGUUUCAGCUGAGCAAUCCAAAUGUUAAGUAUGUCCGGAUCUUGGUAAUUGGGGACGUUGGAGCAGGAAAGUCCAGCUUCAUCAAUUCAGUCAAUAGUGCUUUCCAAGAAAGAAUCACCACUGAGGCUCUUGCUGAUAAUGCAGCAGCUCCAAUUGCAAGAUCUUUCACAAAAAUAUACAGAACCUUUAACAUUAGAAGUGGCCAGUCUGUUCUGCCUUUUGUCUUCAAUGACAUCAUGGGCUUAGAGGCUGGAGAAUCUGGUGCACAGCCAGAUGACAUUGUCAAAGCACUUAAGGGCCUCUUAAAAGAAGGAUACAAAUUCAAUCCAGCAAACCCUGUUUCUGAUGGAGAUGAAGGCUUCAGAUGUGACCCAGAAGUUCACGAGCAGACAUUCUGCCUGGUUUACAUCAUGGCAGCUGAUUCGGUGUCAAGAAAAAAUCCGGAAGUGAUUAAAAAGAUGGUGGAUAUUAGGAAAAAGGCCAGUGAACUAGAUAUUCCUCAGGUGAUCAUUAUGACAAGGGUGGAUGAAAUAUGUCCACUGGUCAAAGGAAAUGUAAGGAAAAUCUACACUAGCAAGAAGAUCAAAACAAAGAUGGAGGAGUGCAGUAUCCUUAUUGGUGUCCCGAUGAGCCACAUCUUCCCUGUGAAGAACUACCAUGAAGAAAUUGAUACAGCCAGUGACAUCGAUGUACUGCUUCUGAGGGCACUCACACAGAUUGUACAAAUAGCAAAUGAUAAAUUACGUAAUGUACAAUGAAAAUUCAGCAUAUGACUGAACUCGAGAAAUCAAAAAAGUAAUCUGUUACUACCUUUGCCUUGAUCAGCUUCACAAAAUGCACGUCUUGCAUAUCGAGUUUAAUCUAGUCUGCUGUCAUUUCUGUUAUGAUCAUACGCUGAAGCCAAGUACUAUAUACUAUAUCUAUAUAUUAUAUAUCUAUAAUUCUUCUUUGGCACCACUAUAUCACAUAGAGAAGAGUUAUAAUGUGUACAAGUUAUUAUGAUCAAUACUGCACUGUGAAUAUGCUGUCUGAUAAGGUUCUGUUGGGUUCAAGUGUCUUUAACCCUUAUGUUCUGUUGAGAUUUGCUUCACUUCAUCGUUGUUUGGGGUCACUGUUACCCCAAUGAUUAAAGUGUGAAAAUUAUUAUUAUGAAAUAAACCU